UUCUGAAUCCAAUUCUCCCUGUGCAGCGGGAGAACUGUUCGGUUCUGCAAAUAUGUAUUGUAUCUAGGAUAUACUGCAACAUAUUUAACAUAUAUAGGACUGCUUGCCAUCUUGGGGGGGGGUGGAGGGAGGGAGGGGAAAAAACGAAACAUAAGCGAUUGCAAGGGAUAAUGUUGUAUAAAAAUUAUCCUGGCAUGGAUUCUGUCAAUACAAACUUAUUAUUAAAUAAAAUAAAAUUAAAAAAAAAAAAGAAUCCUUGCCUCAAGCAUAUUUCUCCCAAAUUCUGGCCCAUUAUAACCUUCCUUUUAGCUAAUGUUUUUCCUGUCCUCCCUAACUGCUAGUUUGUUCAAUGUGCCCAAUGUUACUGUGAAUAUACCUUUAAUAUAUUUGAUAUUGAUUUAUCUAUGUGCCUAUUGUUUCCCAAAAAGAAUGUAAGCUCCUUGAGGGUAUUAUUGUGGUAUUUUCCCUCAUCUUUUCCCAGCUUCUACAUAGCCCCUGGUACAUAGUAGGCAUUUCCUACCCACUGACUGAUUAGAUUUUUCCCUCAACAGAAUGUAUGCAACCUAAAGUGGAGCCAAAUGAAAGGCGUCACAAUUCCCAGUUUGGUAGUCAGCAUUUGCUUCCUUUUUGCCAUCAGAUGCUCCUUUUAUUGAAAAUUGCCAUCUGUGUGCCCAGGGCUCUACCAGACACAACCAUCAUCAAGACCUGCUACAUCUUUGUCCCCUUCCAGGCCUGGGAGUUUGCUGGCAGCGACUUUCUCUGGGCUGGCCUGGUCACCACUCUCUGUGGCUGCAUCGAGAAGAAGUAUUGGCUGCCCCUGAUUUUUUACAAGCUUUUUGGGAUCCCUGUCCAGGAUUCCACAGAGGCCUCAAGAAAGCAAACAGACCGACUGGUGUGGCGUUCUUUUAAACGAGUGUUUUUUUUCCUCUUGGUGAUUCUUCUCAUUUUGGGGGGCCUGUGUUCCCUUAUUUUGGAUUCAGAUGUCCCUGACAUCAAGAAGGGACUCUUAAUUCCUGGAGUUCCAAUAGGUUUAUUCACUUUGUGGAGUCUUGGAUGUGGGAUAUAUAAAUGUUUCCAGAACUCCAAGGAAAGCAUCAACAAACUCAUGGACAGUUCCAAGUGCUCGAACAAGCUCGGCUUCAUGCAUGCUGUGAAGAAGGAGGUCGAGGUCCUCACCACGUUCCUAGAGGUCUUGGGGGUAUAUACCAGACAGCAUAUCAAGGUGGUGCUUCAGAUCACCCACCUGGAUGCCUGCCCCCCUGAGAAGGUGAUGGGUGCCCUGGAAGCCCUCCACAUCCUCCAUUCAGAUCCCAAAGCCCCCUUCAUCUCCAUCCUGGCCGCUGACUCCAAGAUUAUUGCUGAGAGCGUGGAGAGGUCCAAGAAGAUGGACAGCCUGAUUGGGAGUGGCUACCAGUACCUGAACCAGUUUAUCACACUGCCCUUUUCUAUGACCCACUGGAACAGGGAUGACAAGAUUAAACUCCUGGAGGAGAUUAAGUGUUCAGAAAAGAGAAACAGAAAAGAGAGUCAGAGGAGGCAGAUAGACUUGGAAAGUCGGGGGGAACUGGAAGCCAAUGUCACUGAAGAAUUGGAAAAGAUUAUUAAUGAUCUGGAAGGAGAAAAGAUCUCCAAAUUUCUCCCACAUAACCGAGCCCACAUGGAGCGAGUGGUUUAUACGAGCUGGAUCACCCUGGAGCUUAGAAAACAGAAAUUUGGGGAUAAACUAGAAAUGGCACCACAGCAGACACAGUACAUGGAGGAAGAGGAAGAGCUCCUAAAGCGAAAACAGGCGCAGGACACAAAACAGCAGCCAGAAGAUGACCCACAUGAACAAAUCCGCAAGGAGGUGAUUGCCUGGGUCCUCCUGGCCAACGAGUGGCCAUUCAGGGUGACCUGGAUGCUCCAGUGUGCUGAAGAUGACGAGCAGUGGAGGGUGAUCCAUGGGCAAAGAAAGAAUGAUCCAGACCCUCAUGUUCCUAAGCAGGAGCCCACAGCAGAGGCCCAGUGGAACCUUAGGAAAGACAAUACCAAAAGCCUCUAUUAUGUAGAAUCACAAGGCUCCAUCAAGCUGGAGGAUGACCUGGAAAAAGCAUUUACCAAGGUGGUUGUUGAGCUGGACAGCGUCAAGGAAGAAUUGAGGAAGCUGAUGGAACUGGACAAGGACCCUGAGAUCUUCUUGCAAAUGCUCCGUUUCCUAAAAAAGGAGUUCAGUUUCACUGUGGAGAAGGCCCUACAAUACUGGGGAAUCACCACCAACCUGGACCGGUCCCUGAAGCGACACCUGGAGCUGAUCCAGGGCCGCCGGACCCUGAAGCAAGCUUCCAUGUGUCACCGGCAACUUCCGUUGUCCCUGCUGAAGAUGUCCACGGAUGAAGUGUGCCAGGCGAUGAAUCAGAAUGCCAAGCAGCUGGGCAUCUCAGAAACCAACAUGAAGCAGUACAUAGAGAAGAUCCGCAAGGAGAACCUGAAUGGGAAAGCCCUGGUUUACAGCCUCAAUUCUGAGAUCAGGCAGACCCUUAAUAUGACCCUGGGGGACUGGGUCAGCUUCAGUAUCAACUUCCUCAAUGUCUUGCCUGAAGCCAACUCCUCCUUAGCAGCUUCUUGGAGACUAAGGAUAUGUGAGGAAAAGUAGCCAGUGAAAUCUGGGGUGCAGGGGAUUGGCUGAGUGUGCAGAGCCCUUUAGACUGAAGUUCCAAAUUAAAUCGCUUUUGCACAAAUGAGAUCAAUGCAACCCUGGCUAAAAGGAAACCAGAAAACCAGGGGAAAGUUUUUAUAGUAAUGGUCACUGAUAAAGGCCUCAUUUCUCAAAUAUAAAGAGAAUGUUAUUAAAUUUAGAACAAUGAGUCAUUCCCCUAUUGAUAAGUGGCCAAAGGAUACGAACAGGCAAUUUUUAGAUGAAGAAAUUAAAGCUAUUUCUAGUAAUUUUUUUUUAAAAAAGAGUUCUAAUGUUGUAAUUCAUGGGAGCCAUUGGAUUACAUGAGAGCCACCUGACAGUGGCUGCUGGAGAUCCAAGCCAGAAUGGAUCUCCUCUUGUGAGAGGAUGAUACAAGGAGACUGAGAGGCAGUUGUUGUUCUCUGACUUCUCUGACUGAGAGGCCAUUGCAUUCUCUGACCUCUCUCCUCUCCCCUCUGCCUCCAUUUUAUCUCAUUGUCAGUCAGCAAUGCCUGUGUCAGCAAAGGCUGCAACUCCUUCAGAUAUUAUGAUCCACAGCUGUGGAAGCUCUCAGAGAAUUGAUCUGUCCCUUAACAUUCUAAGCCACUGUUGAUUAGAGGAGUGUAAAUUAAAAGAACUCUGAGAUAUCACCUUAUAUCUAUGAGAUUAACUAACAUGACAAAAAAAGAAAAGGAAAAAAUGUUGGAAGGGAUAUGGAAAAAUUAGGACACUAAUGCAGUGUUGGUGGGGUUGUGAAUUGAACCAAUCAUUCUGGGAAACAAUUUGGAACUAUGCCCCAAAGGCUAUAAAAUUAUGCAUACCCUUUGAUUCCACAAUACUACUACUAGAUCUCUAUCCUGAAGAACGUAUUUAAAAAAAAAAAAAAAGGAAAAGGACCUAUUUUACAAAAAUAUUUAUAGUAGCUUUUUUGUGGUGGCAAAAAAUUGGAAAUUGAGGAGAUGGCGGCAGUUUAUUAUUAUCAUGGAAUCUGUUAUAAGAAAUGAUGAAUAGGAUGCUUUCGGGAAAAUUGGAUAGACAUACACGAACCGAUGCAAAGUGGUGAGCAGAACCAGGAGACAUUGUAUACAUUAACAGCGAUAUUGUACAAUGUUAUACAUUGUACAUUUGUACAAUUGUGCAAUGAUCAAAUGUGAAUGAUUUAGCUACUCUCAACAAUACAAUGAUACUAAAUGAUUCCUAAGGAUUUAUGAUGAAAAAUGCUAUCCACCUCCAGAGAAAGAACUGACAGUGUCUAAAUGAAGAUUGAAGUAUACUCUUUCUUUUUUUUUUCCCCUGACGCAAUUGGGGCUAAGUGUCUGAUAUCAGAUUUGAACUCAGAUCCUCCUGACUUCAGGGCUGGUGCUCUAUCCCCUGCACUACCUAGCUGCCCCAAAGUAUGCUCUUUUUCAUAGUCUUUAUUUUUUAGUGGGUUUUUUAGACUGUAUGGACUAAUAUGGAAAUAUAUUUUAUAUGAUUGUACCUAUAUAACCUAUAUCAAGUUGUUAACCAUCUCAGGGAGAGGGAAAAGAUAAAGGGAGAGGGAAUUUGAAACUUGAAAUUUUUUAAAAUUGCUAAUUGAUUUUACUUGCAAUUGGGAAGAAAUAAAAUAUUUAAAAAAAAACAAUUGAUAUUCAACAUUUUGUGAUGAUCAACUAUGACAGAUUUAGCUCUUCUCAGCAAUGCAAUGAUGCAAGACAAUUUCAAGGGACACUUGAUGGAAAAUGUGGAACACAUACAGAGAAUGAACUGUGGAGUUUGAAUGCAAAGUGAAGCAUACUAUUUUUACUUUUUUGUGUUGGCUUUUUUUUGUCUCAUGGUUUUUUUUUUUUUCUUUCAUUCUGAGACUUCUUUCACAUCAUGACUAAUCUAGAAAUAUGUUUAACAUGAUAAAUAUUCUCCCUAACUACCACUAUAGCUCUUGAGUCCCAGCCCAUGAAUUUCUAUUUACACUACUAGUUAUUCAUUUAUAUGAUAAAGUGAAUAGAGUGCUGGGCCAGGAGUUGGGAAGGCUAAUCUUUUUGAGUUCAAAUCCAGCUCCAGACACUUCUUAGCUGUGUGAUUCUAGAUAAGUCACUUAACUCUGCUUCAGUUUCCUCAUCUGUAAAUUGAGCUGGAGAAGGAAAUAAGAAAACCCUCAGUAUCUCUGUCAAUAAAAUCCCAAAACAGAGUGUCAGACAUUGCUGAAAUGACUCAAUAAUCAAUCAAACAUGAAUAAUAAAACAUUACAAUCAACACUUUAAA